GGCGGCGGUUGUUGGGGGUGGGAGGGGGUUGGCGGGGCUCAGACCGGCGGGAGCCGCGGUGCAGCCAUGUUCGGGGGCCUCGGGCGCUGCUUCGAGGAGGAUCCGUUCUUCCGUGAUCCCUUUGCCGCACACCAUGAAUAUAUGCGGCAGAUGAUGAGAAGCUUUUCUGAUCCUUUUGGACGAGAUCCGUUUCUCAGUAUAACAGAUGGCAGGGAGAGAACAGCAGAUCAAAGAGCACACCCGGACUCUCAGGUUGCACUAAGAGGAAAUCGCAGAGCGACGAGCUGCUCCCUCAUGCCCUUUGCAGGCUUUGGUAGAGUGCCGGAUCCAGAUUUUGGGGAACCUUUCUUUGCAAUGGACAGGAUGAUGUCCAAUAUGAGAAACAGUAUGCUGGAAAUGCAAAGAAAAUUUGAUGACCUGUCUGUCAAUUCAGAUGUACACACGUUCAGCUCCUCCUCUGUGAUGACAUACUCCAAAGUAGGGAAUGAACCACCAAAAGUCUUCCAAGCUUCUGCUCAGACACGCACAGCUCCAGGAGGUGUUAAGGAGACAAGAAAAGCACUUAGGGAUUCUGAAAGUGGACUGGAAAAAAUGGCCAUUGGUCAUCACAUUAAUGAUCGUGCUCAUGUCAUUAAAAAAUCAAAGAACAGAAAGACUGGUGAUGAAGAAAUGAACCAAGAAUUCAUCAACCUGGAUGAAACUGAGGCCCAGACCUUUGAUGAAGAGUGGCAGAAAGAGAUUAUGAAGUUCAGGCCAUCUAGAUCUAGGUGCAAUAUAGAAACUCCAAAAUACAGAAGUAUUCAUCAUAUCCCCAAGGAAGAUGGAUUAAAAAGAGAGAAACCACGUGCAAUUGCAGGUUCUAAGGAAGCCAGAGAUUCUGUGGAGAACCUCAGUGUGAAAGGAACACAUGUUCCCAUCAAAAGCAGCAAAAAAUAAAUCUCUUCCAUUCUCCAUGUGAAUGGAGUUUCUUCAGAGAAGAUAAUGGUGCUGCGUUGCUUAUGUUCAUAUAAGUACACACGUAUAUAUGACCAAUCUCUGUGUUUUGUUUUAGUAUUAGUGUGCCUUGCUACUCUGAUCUUUUGACAACUGAAUGUUCCUUACAACUUCAAAUCCUUGGUUAAAUCAUGUAGUUCCAGUAAACUAAAAAAAAAACCAACAACUUUCCCCUUAAAAGCACUUUAAUGAAUUAUCACUAAUUCUGUUUAAAAAAUUGCUUUGAUUUGCCAGAUUUUUCUCCUACAACUGCACCAAUCUAAUGCUUUUUAUUAAGCCUGGUAAUGAAACUACUUUUUCCCACACACUAUAGCCUGCACAGAAAGUAAAUUCUCAUUUUGUGUGGCUGAAAUAAUUAUUAAUUUUCUAGGUGACAGAGCAACUUGAAUUCACUGUAGCCACUGCAUAUCUCUGUCUUUAAAAUCAUACUGUAUAUCAUUAUAGAAUACCCAGUUUUACCUUGAUUUAACAUGAAGAAAAGCAAGAGGAAUACUGAAAUGACAAAUGCUUCAAGUGAAUUUUAAUUGGUGUUCUUAUGCUCAUGAGCUGUGCUUUCAUCUCUUAUUUCCUUUUCCUAGAAUGUCCAUUUCGUAUUUCUGAUCCUCGUAUGCCUCCUUCUGAGGUGGCCCAUUAUUUUUCAUUAUCGAAGAUUCUCUGUAGUAGCUUUUAAUUAUUCUGUAAUAAUAUGUGUGUCCUAAGAAACUCAUCUGAGACUAUUAGUUAAUAACAAGAUAAAUAUAUGGGAGAAAUUGGUUGAGUAGGCAGUAGUUUAACUGGAUAGUGAAUGAUUCCACCAGUUCUUCUGUUCUAGAAGGGCAAGAACCCUGCAUACGGAAACCAUUUCCCCCCUCAGCUGAGAUGUGUUUUUAUUCUUUCUGUCCUGUUUUAGUGGAUGCAGAAUGAUCCUAGAUCUAACGCUUGAUCUCCCUCGAGGUGGUAGUUCUUGGUUACCAAGAGUCUGAUGCUGAUGUUCUAGGGGAACACCAGCUGUGGCUGAGAACAGGAAAGGUCUUUGGAUAAGAAGUGUUAAGUUCAGAUGCUGGUUGUUACGCAGAAUUGAUCCCAGUGUCAUAGUGUAAAUAACUUCUGUAGUCAGUAACACAUCAGCAUUAGCACUAUGGCAUGUAUUUCAAGGCUAAAAAAAUGAUAGUGUAGCUUUAAAAAAGGCACUAUUUAUAUGGUAAAAUAGGUUUAGUAAGUUAAGAUUAAUAUUUGUUCGGCCAAAAAGGAAACGGCCUUUAAAUUAUAUCUUCCUGCAGAUUCCCCAAGAGUAUUUAAUUCUAUGUUUAUUAAUGCGCAAAAAUAAUCAAAAGUACUUUUGUUGAGUUCUGACAAGGGAAGGACUUUAUUUACUUGUUCAAUGCAAUGGUCUGUUGCUGUUAUUGGAGUGAAUCCUGGUGGCGAUCCAUGUGUGCUGUUGAACCGUUCUGGGGGGUGGGGGGGAGUAGCAGCCUCUGCCAGGACAGGCUGCGGUGGUGGGACAUCACACUCGUGCCUCCCAGAGGAGGCUGCAGAACACUGAAUCGAAAGGAUGCGUUCACUCCUUAAAGAGUACAACUGUAGGGCCUGGUCUUCCAGGCACCAAAAACAACAUUGAUUUUUGCAGUUAAUGGCAUUGAGAACGUAAGGCUGUGGAGGCAUUUUCCAGGUAUGUCACUUAAAUUUCCCAGUAACAAAGCAGAAAAGCUUUUCAUGUUGUAACUUCAGAAGGAAUCUUUGAUUUGAGAGAUGCUGCUAUCUAACAGAAACUAGUGUUCAUCGGACAGCUUAGAUUUUGGUCUGUGCUUUACUGAGAUAAAAAACAUGAUACAUCUAUGUAAUUCAUAAAACAAGUACAGGCUUUGGGUGCACAGUUACAGUGGGGAGAGGCUAAAGUUCAUGGCAGAUUACUUUGCUAUGCAAAGCAAUGUUCUAAAAUGUAAUGCAAAAGAGAUCCUUCUACACAAACAUCUGAAACUCUACUGCUUCAAUAAAGUUAUUUUUUAUUUCUG